AUGGGUCUUAGAAACAUCUUCAAGCCCCCAAAGGAUAUGUCCAAGGAGGACGUCAAGGAAUUCCUACAGGACGAGGGUAUCCGUGUUAGGGAUGAGGAGAAUCGCCACCGCAGAAAAUUCAAGUUCGGAGAGUUUUCGAAGUACGCUCAAGAUGAAACACAGGAUCGACCUGUGCUGAUGCCCCGAAUCCAUCAGGAACCGGCUUCGCAUGAAUCGUCUGCUGGAUCUUCUGAAGAUCCAUACAAUCCGGCUACACAGUCGACAAUCUCUAAUGUGACACAAGAGACUGCAAAUCAACAUGGAGGGCCUGGAAGGUACGAUGGCGCUCCUUCCUACCAUACGUUCGAUCCUUAUGAUAAUGACGGUUCCGCUUCCGUCAACCAGCAAAGCCUGCACCAACCACAGUUGCAGCAAGUACAGACAACACAAAAACAACAAUCAAUCCAUGACAUAUACGAAACCCAAGCUCAAGAUGACGAUUUUGAUCCAAACUCAUAUCCUCAAGCCGCUGCACGCACUUAUGAUCCUUACCUAGAAUCGGAGCAGCAACAGGUAGAAGAGGAAGUGGACGAGGAAGAGGAAGAAAUAAAUCGUAUAAAGCGACAGACCAAAGAUGUUCGAGAAGCGACCUUAAAAUCUACACACAAUAUUCUGGGCCAUCUAAGACAGGCGGAUGACACUGCUGUCAACACUUUGGGAACUAUUGGUGCACAAAAAGAGAAGAUGUAUGAAAUGGAAAAAUCCUUGAAUGGAAUGGAUACGCAUCAACGGUUUGUCGAUGAACAUGUCAAGCAAUUAGAGCAUUAUAACAGGGGAUUAUUUCACAUAAAGGCCAGCAACCCUUUCACCAAAAAAUCGAGGAUGAGGGCCGCUGAGCAACGGUUCCUUGCUCAGAGGCAAGCAGAUAGGGAAAGAGACGCAAAUCUCAGCUCUAAUUUGUAUCAUACUCAAAACGAGAUCAUAGAUCAACUGCGCGAUUCAAAAGAGCCCGUUGUCAAUUCGGAGUUGAAAGAAAAGUACGAAUACGAAAGACGUGUAAAGGAGGCUUCUAGAUUUUUGGGUGAAGAACACGAUGAGGAGGACGAAAGAAUGGAGGUCGAGUACAGCAAGAAUGUGGAUGAAGCGCAAAAGCUGGCAACAAAUCUGAGACGCAAAGCUAAUUUACUGUCGCAAGAAAUCAUGUCACAGAACAAGAAUUUGAAAGACAUCAGCGAGAAGGUUAAUAAGGUGGACGAUAAGCUUGUGCUUACGACUAAUAGGAUCCGGGGUAUAUAA